CGCUGCAAAACGAGCCAAGGGGAAGGUUCUCCAGAAAAAGGGUACGAUUUCUCUUGUGGGUGCGGGUCCAGGAAGUGUAUCAUUACUUACAAAGGGUGCUGUGGAUGAAAUCAUCCUGGCAGAAUUGGUCCUUGCAGACAAACUUGUACCACAGGAAGUUCUUGAUAUGGUCCCCAAGAAAACCGAGUUGUUCAUUGCCAGGAAAUUCCCAGGAAAUGCAGAAAGAGCUCAACAAGAACUACUUGAGUUAGGACUCGAAGCAUUAAACAAGGGCUUCAAAGUGGUGAGAUUGAAACAGGGUGACCCAUACAUUUUCGGCCGUGGGGGUGAGGAGUAUCUUUUUUUCAAAGAACAUGGAUUCAUUCCUCUUGUUCUUCCGGGAAUAACUUCAGCAUUAUCAGCUCCACUUCUAGCCAACAUUCCUAUGACUCACCGAGACGUCAGUGACCAGGUUCUCAUUUGUACUGGAACCGGGAAGAAAGGCUGUUUGCCCAACAUCCCUGAGUUUGUCACCACCAGAACUACUGUUUUCCUUAUGGCAUUACAUCGCAUCAAUGAGUUUGUAGAUGCUCUUGUGGAGAAGGGCUGGGAUACGGAAUUGCCAUGUGCUAUCGUGGAGCGUGCCAGCUGUCCAGACCAAAGAAUUAUUAAAUCUCGUUUGAUGGAGCUCCCUGAUGUGGUACAGAAGUACGGAUCUCGGCCACCAGGCUUGCUUGUCACUGGCUAUGUAACUAAUCUUUUGAACGACGACAUCUUGGUCGAGGGAGUCACCAACGCCGUUCCUGGGUACACACUUCCAGCAUAGAUGGAGCCUGCUACUUAAUAUCCUGAUGUAAGCUCUCAUGAGCUCGUGUACAUAGUAUCAGUAUUUAUUAAUGGAUUUCGUUAUCUUUUUGCAGUCAAUCAACUCGCGACGAAAAUCAAAACUUAUCUCGAUAAUCUUGCUAAUGUUCAAAAACGCAGUUCGUUUCUUGAGCAGAACACCAAAGAGUGUGGUGUUCGACAUAGAUGGUGUGCUAAUUAAGGGAGGAAGGCAAAUUCCACAAGCACGUCCAGCAUUGGAACUUUUGGACAAGAACCGCGUUCCUUUUGUGUUGUUGACAAAUGGCGGUGGUGUGAAAGAGUCCGAUAGGAUUGAAUAUCUAUCAGAUUUGAUUCAUUACAAGUUUCGGAAUGAUCAAAUCGUGCAGAGUCACACGCCUAUGAAGGAACUCAUUCAUAAGCAUCCCAAUGUGAUGGUGGUAGGAGGUGUUGGCAAUAGAGCUCGCGAGUGUGCCGAAAGCUAUGGGUUUGAGCUGGUGGUAACUCCAGUAGACUUGGUACGGUUCAAUCCCCACGUAGCGCCAUUCAAUCGCUAUACAGAGGAAGACCUCAAAACGCUUGCCCGGCCUUUUGACGGACGGCCCAUAGACGCUAUUAUGGUUUUUAACGACCCUCGUGAUAUGUCUACAGAUCUACAAGUGAUCAUGGAUCUUUUAAACAGUGAUAAGGGUCAAUUCGGAACACACCGGAAGUCCAAGGGUCCUGUGCCAGCAGUGCCCAUUUAUUUUUCAAACAAUGAUUUUUACUGGGCGAACGAAUUCAGUCUACCACGGUUCGGGCAAGGGGUUUUCAGAAUUAUUAUCGAAACCGUAUACAAGGAGAUAAAUCGUGGCGCAAACUUGCAUUAUACUAUGUUUGGAAAACCAUUUAAGGUUCAAUACGAUUACUGUGCUAAGCUUCUUAGCAGCGACCAAAUCUUUAUGGUAGGAGACAACCCAUUAAGUGACAUUGAGGGUGCAAACAAUUACGGGUGGGAGUCAUGUCUUGUGAAAACAGGAGUCUAUAAGCCCGGAGAUGUCACAAAGGACCCAACAAUGGGAGUAUUUGACGAUGUUUAUGGUGCCGUAUCUGCAAUAUUGGCAAAUGAAGGGUAUUCGCCCAAAUAGGGAUGAUUGGCAUGAAUUUUUUUUUAUUAUAUUCCUGCAAUAGAAUUCAUGCGUCUGCAUGGAACCUCCCUAAGAUCGUGUGGUAAGGUCCGAAAAUUCAUGCUUGAAACUUGGCUGAAUUCACUACUCAAAAGCCUAGAAUCAUGCUAUAUCUUAUUAAACAAAUUAAACAUAAGCAAGAAGAAUAAACAAGUUUAGAUAAAGGCUAGAAUUCGGAUUAAAAGGUACAUUAAAAGAAAUCAUUAUUAAAUAGGUUCUAGAACUAAACAAGCAAUGUCAUAAAAGCGUUUUCAUGUCUAUGUGGUGGGUGACUACAUCAACUUACUGUUAAUCAUAGCACUUUUGAUUGAAACUCUUCUACCAUUCUUCCCCUUGCGUACCUUGUUGUUCAACACCUCUUGAGCAGCAAUUGCAGCUCCCUUUCUCUUCACCAACUUGGCAUGGUACAAACCACAAGCAUUGCACAAUGUUCUUACACCAUUGGGACCUCGUCUCCAUUCGGGAGUCUCUGUGGUUCCACAUCUGUGGCACUUGUUGAUGGGUUUGUUGAUCACCUCUGGCACAAGGUAUUGCUGUUGAGGUGACGGUGUCGACUGGCCAUAGUAAACUGAGUAAUAUGGCAUAUAGUAGCUGUAUCCCAGUUGUUGUGCAACCGGAAACUCUGUAGGUGAGUGUAUAUGUUGUCCAUGAGCAGCUGGAGGUGUUACCACCGGUGGAGGAGACACCAUUUGCUGGGGAGAAACCAUUUGGCGAGGAGACUUCCCGUAUUGAUAGUUGGUACCAAACUUGUAGGCUGGUUGAAGGGCAGGAGUGGUAGUAUUAGUAGUGGUUGCGGUAUUGCCAUUGGCAGAAGUAUAAGCUGGACUGUAAUGCGUUAACUGAGACAAUGAAGGUAAUUUGAUGGGAGUAGCUAAGGAAGGCUGAGAAGCCGUGUAACCACUCAAGUCAGGUAACUUGACUUCAUGGGAUCUGGUCAAUUCACUGAUGGAGGGUAAUUUUGUUCUACUGUCCAACAUAUUAUUACGUUAUAUUUUUUUGGAAAUUUUAGAUAGGUUUUGAUAGAUUGAGUUUAUUGUAC